UGUUUAAAACAAAAUGUCUCUCAAAAUCGUUCUAAACUUCUCGUUGUUGGUGGUGUUCUUCGUGCUUGUGUGUACGUAAUGGUGGCUGGGGUGGCAGCAAGCCCUGGUGGGUGACCACCUCCACGGGCUCAGGAAGCAGGUUGCCGACUGGCAGACCCGCUAGAACGGUGUUAGAAGCCUUGCUAGCGGAUUAGCAAAAGGUUUAGUCGGUUUCUCGCCAGUGCCAAGAUGUCCUCAUACGCUAUUCGAUGACCGCCUUGCUAUGCCAGUGUGGCAGUCGGUGCCACCUGUGUCGUAGUUUGUACGCCUCCAGCAGUCAAGCCGGCAGGUGGAGGGCUUGCGCUCGUUCCUGCUACAGGUGGGCGAGGAGCCACAAAACCACGAUAGCCAAUAUGGUCAUUGGUCCGAAUGUUUGCCUAUCACUUCCCUGCUGUUACUACUUCAGCAAUUAAUAUGGGUCGUAAAGAUUUUGUGGGGCCGGAAGAAAAAACACAUUUAAUAGCGUCAGAACGAUGACAAUCGGCAUAAAGUUGCUCAAAAUGAUGAGGAGCCUCUCAUGCUCCCUCACGAGGAAGCCAAAAAGAAUAUCGCAAGUGAAGACAAGUGGUAUGACGUAUCUGAAAAUGAUGAGGAGCCUCUCAUGCUCCCUCACGAGGAAGCCAAAAAGAAUGUCAUCGCAAGUGAGGAUAAGUAGUAUGAAGUAUCUCAAAAUGAUGAGGAGCCUCUCAUGCUCCCUCACGAGGAGACGGACGUAAACACUAAAACAAAAGAAGAAGAAGAAAGCAAAUCCGACUCCCCCAAAAAAGUUAUGAAGGAACCAAAAGACAAAAAGUCAAAAGCCUGCCCCAAGAAACGUCGCCGCCCACAAAAGAUACAAUGCCAAGAAGACGACCCCACCGAGUUGAUCACACUGACAGUUCAGUGCCCAUAAUAUUACCAAAUGAAACUCAUAAGCAUGUACGAAAAAAAGCACGACGUGUUUCUCAAAUUGGGCGGUGGCACCAACACUGUGGAAGUGUUCGGCGAAAAACAAAAGGCAGAAAAAUGUUAAAGUGAUAUAGAGGCAUUUAUGACGGAAAUAAAAAAUAAAAAAUUAGAUAAAAAACGUGCUUAGGCGCAGAAGGUAAAGGACAAGCGUGGCCAGGUACCCAACAAAAUGCCCAAAGACAUCACAGGACAGGGGCCCGACCGUUUUGAGACCACAGAUGGCCCUGCCAAGGCAUUGCCAGCAGCCACUGGUGGCCCUGCCAAGGCAUCGCAAGCAGAAAAAGGUGGCCCUUCCAAGGCAUCGAGAGCGGAAAAAGGUGGCCCUUCGAAGGCAUCGCAAGCAGAAAAAGGUGGCCCUGCCAAGGCAUCGAGAGCGGAAAAAGGUGACCCUGCCAAGGCAGCGCCAGCAGCCACUGGUGGCCCUGCCAAGACAUCGCAAGCAGAAAAAGGUGGCCCUGCCAAGGCAUCGAGAGCGGAAAAAGGUGGCCCUAACAAGGCAGCGCCAGCAGCCACUGGUGGCCCUGACAAGACAUCGCAAGUAGAAAAAGGUGGCCCUGCCAAGGCAUCGAGAGCGGAAAAAGGUGGCCCUUCCAAGGCAUCGCCAGCAGACACUGAUGGCCCUUCCAAGGCAUCGCCAGCAGACACUGAUGGCCCUGACAAGGCAUCGCCAGCAGACACUGAUGGCCCUGACAAGGCAUCGCCAGCAGACACUGAUGGCCCUGACAAGGCAUCGCCAGCAGACACUGAUGGCCCUGACAAGGCAUCGCCAGCAGACACUGAUGGCCCUGACAAGGCAUCGCCAACAGACACUGAUGGCCCUGACAAGGCAUCGCCAGCGGACACUGAUGGCCCUGACAAGGCAUCGCCAGCGGACACUGAUGGCCCUGACCAGGCAUCACCAGCGGACACUGAUGGCCCUGACCAGGCAUCACCAGCGGACACUGAUGGCCCUGACCAGGCAUCACCAGCGGACACUGAUGGCCCUGACCAGGCAUCGCCAGCAGACACUGAUGGCCCUGACAAGGCAUCGCCAGCAGACACUGAUGGCUCUGACAAGGCAUCGCCAGCAGACACUGAUGGCCCUGACAAGGCAUCGCCAACAGACACUGAUGGCCCUGACAAGGCAUCGCCAACAGACACUGAUGGCCCUGACAAGGCAUCGCCAACAGACACUGAUGGCCCUGACAAGGCAUCGCCAGCGGACACUGAUGGCCCUGACAAGGCAUCACCAGCGGACACUGAUGGCCCUGACAAGGCAUCGCCAGCAGACACUGAUGGCCCUGACAAGGCAUCGCCAGCGGACACUGAUGGCCCUGACAAGGCAUUGCCAGCGGACACUGAUGGCCCUGACAAGGCAUUGCCAGCGGACACUGAUGGCCCUGACAAGGCAUCGCCAACAGACACUGAUGGCCCUGACAAGGCAUCGCCAGCAGACACUGAUGGCCUUGACGAGGCAUCGUAGGCCUACCAAUACGGUCUUCCAGUAAGAAGAUAUGAGCUUCCACCAAAAAUCCCAAAGUUUAAACGCCCUCCACAGGCUAUAAGAUGCCCUAAGACAGCCCCGCCAUCUUCAGAUCCUCCCAAGGCUCCAGUUGAACAAAAAAUAUUUUAUGGGCAAAUCCCACCCUAAGUAUGGAUAGACAACGCGCCAGAGAAAAAGGUGCAGGAAGCUCCACGUAAACCAAAAGUUGUGGAAUAGGAAUAACCAGUAAAAAACAAAAAAGCAAUGGCAAAAAGUGAAAAAGCAAAGGCAAAAGCUGCCGAAAACAAAAGCAAGCAAAAUGAAAAAAACAAAAAUGACAGUAAAAAGCAAAAAAAAUGACCCCAAUGACCAUUUCACUCAUACCUCAAUUGGGGGUUUCAAAUUAAAAUGGUUAAAAAUUGCGCGGGCCCUCUUGGCUCGCAGGGGUUUUGGGCGGGCCCUCUUGGCUCGCAGGGGUUUUGGGCGGGCCCUCUUGG